AUGGCGCGGUGGACGAUCGUCCACGGUGCGACGUCUUCGCGCGUGGACGCCUCGAACGACGCGUCGACCGACGCCGAGCGCGUCGCCCUGUGCGCGCCGAGCGCCGGAAGCGAACACCGAGCGGCGCGAGCGCAGCUCUGGGUCGAGGAAGAAGAGCGGGAGGCGCUGCCGAACGCGUGUGGGGUCGUUCGAGAUGGGCACCCGGUGCGCGGGGGGGGCGCGCGGACGCGCGCGGCGUUUCGGGCGACGACGCGAGACGAGCGCGCGAGCGCGCGAGGUGCGUCGAUCGUCUUCGCUCGGGACGUAUUUCGUGAGAGGUCGUUGGUGGUGGACGUGUACGAGCGGAAGGAUGUCGCGCACACGUUCGCGCUGACGCACGCGGGACGGGACGUGUUCGAGUGGUUGGCGGAGCGCGGCGUGACGUGCGCCACGACGGAGCGACCAGAUUCGGACGACACGGCGACGUGGGAGAUCGUGGACGCGAGCAUACGUGGGGGUGCGAAUGACAUGCUUCGACGCGAUCCGACGACGCGAUCGACGUCCAAGGAUCAGAGCGCGAACGAGUGUUUGAUGGUUGUUCCGAGCGCUUUUUGCUCCAACGAACAGGCGGCGCGGGAUAAUCACUUCAUGGCGUCUACGAGCGAGGGCAUGAGCGCGCUUGAGAUUCGAGAGCGAGCGGUGGCGGAGCAUAAGAGUUUGUGCGAUGGCUUGCGUUCGCUCGGGAUGAAGAUCAAUUUGUUCUCGCACGACGAAAAUCACGGUGCGCCGGAUUCGGUCUUUCCGAAUAACUGGCACCAACUGCGUGAGGGCAAGCUAAAACUGUUCCCGAUGAAGGACGAGAACAGAAGACGAGAGAGGCGUGAAGAUAUCAUCGACUUUUUGAAGAUGAAGCACCCGGGCAUCGUCGUUGACGAUUCACUCCUGAGAUUUGAACGACAGGACCCGCCAAAAUUCCUUGAAGGCACGGGUUCGCUUGUCGUCGAUCACGAGAACCGGAUCGCGUACGUCGCGCUCAGCGAGCGUGCGCACACCGACGUCGUACAACAGCACUGCGCCGAUGAGAAUUUGACCCCGAUCAUGUUCACGGCCGUCGACGCCAAGGGCCGAACGAUCUACCAUACCAACGUCAUGAUGGCUGUGUGCACGGACGUCGCCAUCGUGUGCGCCGCCUCGAUCGCCGACGAGAGCGAGCGUCGACGUGUGCUCGACGCCCUCAAAUUGAAACCCGGGCGAGAGAUCAUUGACAUCACCCACGACCAGGUUGACGCCUUCUGCGGGAACGUCCUCGAGGUUCGAACCGCCUCGGGCGCGUCCGCGCUCGCGCUCUCCGCUCGCGCGCUCGCCGCGUUCAAUCCCGACCAACGCGCCGUCCUCGAUCGAAUCUUCGACCGUCUCGUCGUCGCCAAUUUCGACAUUAUCGAGCGCAUCGGUGGCGGCGGCGUUCGGUGCGCCAUCGCCGAGCACUUCGUCUAG